AGCUCCCCGCCCUCCCGCUGCCCCGGCGCUGGCUCGUCGCGCGAACAGUCGCCGUGACACCGGCUGGGCGCCGCCGGCACCUAGCGGCCCGCGCGCUCGGCUCCUCCUGCGGGCGCGCCUGGCUCGGCGGCUGGCGGCUGUCCCCCCGGGUCGGGCCCAGGAGCCCCGCGGUUAGGGGAGAGCCCCCGCGCCCGGAAGGACGGAAGGAUCGGAGGGUGCCGUGGCUCAGAGCCCCCGGCGGGGGCCGCCGGGACGCGAGGGAGCCGGGGAUGCCGCGGCCGCACGGAGGGCACCGAUGAUCCGCCGGCUCGGAGGCGCCAUGCCCUUCCCGCCCGUGCCGCCGCCGCUGUCCGCCCCCGCCCCGGGCGUCCCCGCCGCGCGCCCGCCGCCCCGGAGGCCCUGCGCGCCCCGGAAGGCGGCCGCGCCCGCCUGCUCCCUGCCCGGGCCCCCGCCGCCCGCCGCAGCCGGGGAGAAGAAGAGGCGGCCCCCCGAGCGGCCCGAGGGCCUGCUGUCCAGCUCCUGGCCCUCGGCCACCCUGAGGCGGCCGCCCGGCCGGCGCGCCCCCGGCGCGGCUCCUCCGCGCGCCCCGCCCCAGGCCGCGCCCGGCCGCCCGCGCGCCCCGGCCACGUGCCCCGCGCUCCGGCCGGCCGGCUGCGGCGACAGCCCCGCGGGGGACACGGCCUCGGGGCCGCGGGCUGCCUGCGCGGGGGCCGGGCCCGACGACGCCGUGCGCUUCUCCCUGAGCCUCACCCCCGAGGCCGUCCUGGUCAUCCAGAGGCGCCACCUGGAGAAGCAGCUGUUGGCGCGGCCUCGCCGGCUGCUCCCCUCGCCCAACGCCGACCCCAGGCGCCCGCUCGCCGCCUGCCCCCGGGCCAGGGCCGUGGGCCCGGGGAGGGGCGGCGCCCCGGGAGGCCUGGAGGCGCCCCCGGUCCCGGGCCUCCGCCGUCGCUUGCAGCCUCCCCGCGCCCCGCUGCUGCCUGGCGGCCUCCAGGUCCCCGACCCCGUCCCGCGGCCGGCCGACCUGCGCCCAGUGCUCAAGGUGUCGCUGCUCAACGAACGUCACAAGUACGACGACGUGGAGUACGAGGAGGAAGCCGAGGCCCUGGACGAGGGCCUGGUGCGCAAGUGCACUGAGUGGCUGCGCGGCGUGGAGUCGGCGGCCGCUGCGCGCGACCGCGCUGAGCCGGUGGACAUGCUGCCGCACCUGAGCACGCUGUGAGCCCCGGCUCCAGGGUACGCGCGGCCUCGAGAUGCCACUGCCCACCUCCCGAGCGCACUGCUCCAUCUGGGCGACUGUGAGCCGCCUGGGCCUGGUCGAACAGGGUGGGCUCACCCGAUGCCCACAGCCUGCUUCCUGGACACACCACCCUACCUGGGCACCCUGUGUGUGGGGAGACACACAGGCUUGUCUGACGUCCACCGCACCCCUCCGAGUCACCUGUGAUCCAGGUGGGCCCGCAUGAGACAGGCUUGCCUGACUCCAGUGGCGCACCUCCUGCCUGGGACAGCCGACCACCCUCCCUCACCAUGCCUGUGGGUGGUCUCUACCCAACAAGUAUGCCUUCUGCACCAUCUGGUCACCUCUUGGCUCCCACAGGUGACCUUGCAGCUCGUGGGGGAGGAAGCAGCGGUGGAAAUGCCUCUCAGCUGCACCCCCACCCAGGGUUCAUGUAGGUCCUGGAGACCCUCUGCCUUUGGGGCUGACCGCAGUCUGUGUGUGCCAUUCUGGUAGGGUGCCCUGGUCUGAGCGGCAGGUGACAGCUGGCUGGAGGGUGGGGACCACAAGGAUGGCCGAUUUUGGUUUUUCUAAAUAGAAAUUCAGGGCUGUUGGAAGGCUGGAAACUCAAACUAACCGGGUUUUGGAAAUUGGAAGGGUGAGGAUUAGCAGCAUCACCACCGGGUGAGUGGACGCGCUGCCAACCCCAGCUCUUGGGUUUCUGCAGUGACGGUGAGGCUGGGUGCUCUGCAGCUACACAAGCCAACACAAGCACGCACACACACUUAUGUGCUCACACCUGCACAUGCACAUACACCUGCACACACACACAUGCUCUCACACACUGUACCUGCCUGCAACACAAUGCCCUCACACUGCACGUGUGCACACAUACAUGUGCAUGCUCAUAAUGCACACUCAUGUUCUCAUACAUGCCCAUAAUGCAUGCACACACUUCCCCUUACACUCACACACAUGUUCUCACACACACCCUUACACAAGUCUCUUCUGAAGCACAGCUGUGGGAACCAUUUUCAUUGGCUGGGCUCAGGUGUGAGCAGAAGCAAGGGUUAGCUUCUGCUAAAAUCCACUGUUUUUAUUUGAAGUGCUCACAAAACAGCUUUUGUGCAACAGAAAGAAAGGGUAACCAAGUGGAAAGGGGAAAAUGCAGAAAGCUGUAUCCAGACACAGAACAAAGUGUUCUGGGCCAGAAGAGCAGUUUAUUUGAGGGAGAAAGCAGGGACUCCCUACGUGGGUGCAGGAUGGAUGCAGGGGCUUCAGUAUUUUUAAUCACUGUGGAAAAAUCAGUGACAUGGUGGCAUAUACAGUUGUACAUAGUGAUUUUUAAAAAAGAACAUUUCUAUUUAUUGUUUAAAGGGUAAAACUCCUCUGCCUUUUAGGAGCCAUGCUCUUCCUGCUAACUCCAGGCUGAUUUCUAGAUAUUUCCUCCAUUCAUCUGAGUAUUUAACUCUAAGGUUGAGGAGGAAAAAAUGUUAUAAUCAGUAAGGCUACUUAUAGAAGAGCAAUGUAUUACCUCAAAUUUUUACUUAUUUUGUAAAAGUCAAUAACUAGAUUAAUAUUGAUCUCCUUAAAAGUGUCAAGUCUUAAUUAUAUUUUACAUUGAAGCCUUACAUUUUAGAAACCAAUUUUGUAUUUUUCUUGUGGCCAUUUGCCCUCGUCUGCCCCCUCUCUCUCCUUCUUUGUUUCUGUUGGGCACAAAUCUAGUUAGACGUGAAGCAUUUAAUUCAGUGGGAGCUACAUCAGCCACCAGAUGCGUAGCAAAAAACAAAACCCCUAUCCACUGAAGGGCUUGUCUUUUCUGACUCCAGUUGGAACACAGAGAGCUAGUUGUCUCUUACUGAAAAUGAGCACAUUAAUACGAGAGAGGCAAGGGGUGUGCCCCCAGCUGUGGCCCUGGAAUCUGCGGAGCCCAGUGCUAGGGAGGAGAGGGGCCUGACUGUGUUCAAGGUGGGCAGCACCUCCCAGUAAUUCAGAGGUCUAGGGUUCUGCUCAUCGGCACCAUAACACUUGUCAAAGACUUCCCUGAAGUAGGGGCUUCGUGAGUACCCUUCCGUGCUGGCCGUGUGCCAUCCAAUCCUGCUGCUGUUACAGGGCGGGGGCUCUCUGUCUGUGGGUCUCUGUGUCCCUGCCCGCCCCCUCGUUUGGGUCCGUGCCUCCUCCUCCCUCUGCCCCUGGGUUCCCCAGCCCAUCCCUGUCUCACAGGCCACAACCGGACACUGCAUCCUUUCUCCUCAUCUGCAUUUGUUGAAUAGUUUUGUGUGCCUUCUUCCUCCCUUUAAAAGAAGAUGAGUGGAGCGUUUAUCUUACUCUGGUUGAUGACCCUCAAUAAAAAACAAAACUGGUUCUAUAGAUGA